CGUUGAGAUAUGAAAGGACUCUGUGAAUCCAAGAUGUGGCGGGAGCCCGAGCUCUCGUCUCACCAUAAGUGUUCUUGUGCUUGUACUGAUAGCACACCCCAGGCGAGCUCGCAUCCUCGGAUUGCGUGCUGACUCUCUUGACGAUAUUUGACCCCAUGUCUCCUCUAUGGAUCCUGCUAUUCAUGGCUAGCCUGGGCUAUGCCGCGAAGGUCAUGCCUAUGACUCCUCACCGUCUGGAUCACAGCCCAGUGCUCCGAAGAGAGUAUGCGAAGAGAGGCAAGCUGCACCUCUUGGACAAAUCUUCAAAAACAAGCCGAUCAGCAAGCCGACCUCGUAUCGUGGAGCGAUUUCUCCCCGAGUAUGUCAAUGGUCCUGGAGCCAACCUGAGGAGAGGUGCCAGCCCAUCGAACCUCGCGUACGAGAGCAGCCCUCAGGCGAGAUCCGGUUCCCCCUCGAGUGUACGACGUCUGACUAAGCGACAAGGCGCAUAUUUGCCAGAGUCGCAGUCAAGCUCGCCUUCUCCGCAAGGACUGAACAGCUUUAUGACCGCAGAUGGCAGCUCUUCGAGGUUCUCGCCAGCAAACAGCGCAACCUCACAGAUGGUAUUUGCGAAUCUGGUCGAAGGUUCUGCGUCAUCCAGUGGUGCAGCAUCUAUCACCAGCUCGGGGUCCGCCAGUGUCGUUGGGUCUGUCAGUACCUCGAAUUUCGCUAGUGCUGCUUCUAUCCACGGUUCAGGAUCCGCCAGCGUCCCCGCGUCUUCGACUGGCUCUGGAACUGGUCCUCGGCCCUCUGGACAGUACUUCGAAUCUUUGCCUAUCGAUGCUGCCUACGGGAUUGCAUACACCAUCGAAGUUGAGAUCGGGCCCAAUCGAGCUGUGGCUCCUCUAACGGUGGAUACAGGUAGCACCGACCUUUGGGUCUGUUCAACUUCUUGCUCUACUUGCCAUGAUGCAGGGAUGUCGCAAGUCAUUGAUACACCCGACGAUGCUCAGGACGGAGGAUCUAUAGCAUAUGGUAGCGGGAAGCUGCUCGCAUCGAAAUUGAUUACCACGAGCGUCUACAUUGAUGAUAUCACCCUAGAUCAAUUCUCUGUGCAGGCAGCAACGAGUAUCGACCCUGGCAUGCAAAUAACCGCUGUGAUCUCAAACUCGUCCGGGAUUUGGGGUAUGGGCUUGACGCCCGGGGACCAACGCGAUACUCUGAUCGAUGCUCUAUACUCCCAAGGCGCGAUCACAUCCCCACUUAUCGGAAUUUACUUGGCUCGAUACGGAGCAGACGAUUCAAGCCAAGUUGUCAUCGGGGAUCCUUUCAAUCUGGAAGACAACAAGUUUGGGAUCGAUUUCGAUCACAAAGCCAAUCUCACUCAGGCUAUCGCCGCUGAUGUUCAUUAUAAUGUCAUGAUGGAUGAUUUUAAGCUCUUCGACGUCUCGUUACAAGGCAUGCAGAACCUUGUCGUCGUUCCAGAUACUGGUUCCACCCCUCUAUUCGUGCCCAACAAGUUUUACGAUGGCAUCAUGGCAACUCUUGGGAAUGGCACAACUUGGACAGUAGACACAGGUGGAACCACAGAAUACGUAUUCCCCUGUGACCUGUAUGCUCCAGACGCGUUGAUAGCCAAUCUUGUUUUUGGCGGUCGAGACUUCCACGUUCAGUGGCAGGAUAUAGUGGAUGGUCCAUACCCAUCGCUUUACGGCAACUGCGUGCCUCGGAUUGUGCCAGUCCCGGAAUCCAUUCCGGACAUGUUCAUCUUGGGCGAUGCCUUUCUUGUGAACGUGUUUCAUACCAUCAAUACACAGACGGGGGAGCUCACCAUGUACGGGCUGAAGCCCAAGGCAUAGCAAGCACUAACACGUAACAUGUAUGACACCGGAAACUUAACAGAGCCGGACUGUAUGCAGUACUUUGAAG